CGGGAAAGAAUGAGCGGUGCAAGUGCAUCCAAGUCACUCUGUCGACCCAACUCAUUCUCUCAUCACUUUUACUCAACCUAAUUUCAUCCACAUCGAAAUCUCAUCAUUUGUCGACCAUCACACACAUCAUACUGACUGACAAUGCCAAACUGGCGUGACCAGUAUCUCUCAUCCAUUAAGGAUGCAGAGCUCAGUAAUCCCGUCAACAUGGAGCUUGUUCAGGCUUGUUCGUAACAGCACCCCCACAUAACCCCUCCUCCAGCAUGCGACAGUAUCACGCGAGGAUACGAAAGGUUCAUCAAACUGACAAUUAUUUCAAGGUUCGCAGAUGGCAGACCGCAUAUCUGCUCUUGAGGCUGAGAAGAAUGGGCUAGAAGCGCUGGUCGCAAAUAGCGGGACGCCAACUGCGCAACCCACUGAACCCUCAACAAACGAUCCUGGUGUUGCGCAACUAAAACAGGAUCUCGCCGAAGCCCUUCGAUCAAAGGGUGUUACCGAAAAGCGAUUACGCGCGGGCGAGGAAGAGUUGAUGCAGCUACGGGCAAAGCACAAGGCAGAUACGAAAUCAAUCCGCGACCUCACGGCCGAUAGAAAUAGUCUUACCACCAGACUAAAGGAUCGAGAAUACGAGUUGAGGGAAAAGCGCAAGCUUAUUGAGCAAGUACAAGAUGAGAUGAUUGCGCUGAAUCUACAAAUGUCCAUGGCCGAGAAGGAAAGAGAUAAGGUGAAGAAGGAGAACAAAGAACUAGUGGACAGAUGGAUGAAGAGGAUGGCACAAGAAGCAGAUGCUAUGAACCUCGCCAACGAACCCAUCUUCGAAAAGGGACGAUAGUCGACGGUCCAUGACGCAAAACGAAGCAGGUCAAACAGAGAAAAGAGCCACGAUGUCACCGAAAAAAAAAAACAAAUACUAUAUGGAGUAUCCUGUAAGUCCGAACAUAUCCUUAUACCCCACGCUGAUGUAUCCGUCUGCCCUAUCCCUAUUUCUCCAACACCAUAAUCUCUGCCACUGAAUGCUUAUGAAGCUCUAUAGUCUACUUACGCGUCGAAAUGAAGUACGAUCCUCCUGCAUUAGUCCAACUCACAUAACCCUCAGGGUAUGUGCACUCUUCCACCUCCAGGAUGGUGCUGCCAACGUCGUUGAUGUUGUGGUUGUUGCUCUUUUCCGCGACAAAGGAUUUGAGCGACACAAUUUUGCAGCCCGAUUUAAGAUCCAGGAACAUACGGACCAAGUCAUCGUUCAACUGUGAGGUGAAGGCCUUGUUGUUUACGAGCACAACAUCUGCACGCUUGAGGGCCUCAUGGAUGGGCAAGUUCUUGCGGAAAUCGCCUCGUUCCAGGUGAACCUUGCCAGGUCGAACCCCCCAGAGCAUGCAUCGGGCAUCAAACUCCUUCUUUUGCUCCUCAGCAAGAUUGCAGGCAUUCUCCAUCAUCUCGCAACCCCAACUCUCACAACCAAUCUCGAGAGCCGCUUGCAAAACCACAUUACCAACACCUGAGCCGAGAUCAACGAAGACCUGACCAGAGGUCAUUCGUGUCUGCUCUACCAAAAUCUUAGAAAUGAAAGGGUGGAGGAGUUCGCCAUAGACAUAGUCGGUUCCGUUCUCAUACUUUGAAAGAAGUUCCACCUUUAGGGCCACUGUUCGGUCAUAAAUUUGAUCGAGAAUGAAAGCCACAAGGUGCUGGGGGAGCUCAUGCAUCUUAUCGAGGUUCUUGGCAAUUACACCGUCCUCGACUAGAGCACGAAGCUUUUCGUUGUAUUCGCGCAGAGCUGCCUUGAACCCCAUCAAAUCCUGGAUGUUCCGGUUAGACGCCUUUUCAAGUCUUCGAAUGAUACCACCAUUAGGAUUUGUGAAAGGCUCUGCUUCCUCUUCGGUGAGGUAUGUUUCGGCUACAUGGCGAACCACCUUGAUGCUAGCUUCGACGGCAUCGAUCUUGUCUUUUCCCCAUACUAGCUCAUACCUGUAAUCAUGUCAGCAUUAGUUUUGGAGUUCGGGGUCGCCGGGAAGACUCACUUCUCUCGAGGUUGUAAGCUGGGAUAUUGUAGUCGGAUAGCUACAUCCUCUUUCUGUGCGCCCAUCACAGGUACGCACUUGUGCUCAAGCGAGGCCACAUCCACGGCAUGAAUGAAACUUCGACUGUCCAUACGAUCCUCAAAGGCUCUUACGCUUCUCAAUUUGCGGUUAGGGUCAACAAAGCUGCCGUCUUCCGUGCCUUUGCGUUGUCUCUUGGUAUCGAGAGUCAUCCAUCCAUCGUCUUCGCCAUCACUGUCUUUGUCGAACUCGAUACGGUCGCUAGCCGGUGAUCGACGGGUGACGGACGGUGCCUUGCGCUUACGCUCGAGUCGCUUCUCGUCGGAAGAUGAGGGGUACGGCGAGUGACUAGCCUGUCGUGCCAGUGGUUUCGGCGAGGGACGGUGAGAAGAGGAGGAGCGCGAUGCUGAGCCGCUGAGUGCGGAAGUGGAUUUAGGCUUAGGCUUCUGAGCAGGUCGGUCGACGACAACCUUUUCGAUCCUGAUCUUGGGAGGGUCGACCUUGAUCUUGUUGUUCUUUCCGCCGAAGAGACGCAUUAUGAGUGAAUAGUAGGCCGGUCCUAGUAAUCCAAAAAUGUCUUUGAAGGUAGAGCAACGACGGGGUCUGACUUGAGUUGGGUCACAGGUCAGGGAUGGAGGGGUUCGCGGUGGCGUGUGCGUGUCGCUCCCGGACGUCGGCAAUGUCGCGCAACGGGUGGGACUAGAUUAAAGAAGAGGGCAAAAACAAGAGAGAAGAGUACGAGAAAAGGAACGUGAGAAGUGAAGUACGGGGGAGAAGUUUCAAAAAAGAUAAGCGGUAUUAGACAAGUAUUGGGUAGGCUCUGUUGUAACGUGACUCUUCAGUAUCGCAUCGUUGCACUUUAAAGAUAUGCAGAGUUCAAGUUUCGAGGCGACUUUCGGCAAUCCACCACGAAAUGGCUGAAUGGCUGCCUUCAGUUAAAUGAGUGGAUGCCCCGGAGCCUUACAUCAGCUGGGAGGGAGCUGGAGCCGGGGCCAUCUUGCGCUGCAGGAGGUCCCCUGGAGGAGGCCGCUAGUCCCACUGUAAAUGCCC